GGAAAACUUAAUGCACCAAUAAGGAAGGGUUUGAAAACUUCACAGAAAUUCUACUGCUGUCCUAUUGAAGGCUGCCCUAGAGGACCAAACAGACCAUUUUCUCAAUUUUCUCUUGUAAAACAGCACUUUAUGAAAAUGCAUGCUGAGAAGAAGCACAAAUGUGAUAAGUGUAGUAACUCCUACGGUACGGAAUGGUACCUGAAACGGCACAUAGAGGUCUGCGGCAAGACUUUCCAGUGUACCUGCGGGUGCCCUUAUGCCAGCAGAACAGCUUUACUGUCUCACAUUUACAGAACUGGCCAUGAAAUUCCUGCAGAACACAGGGAUCCUCCUAGUAAGAAAAGGAAAAUGGAAACUUCUGUACAUAAUCAGCAGUUGGCAGAGAAAGCCAAGGAAGCAUUCAUCAAUACACACAAUAGUAACCCUGGCACUCAGGAGUUGGAGUCCUCUGAAGUGAAGCUAGUGGCCUCUCUUGAAGGCUCCUGCCGUUCUAACUUCAUGAACCAAAUGCAGCCAAAAUGUACACCGAAGAUGCUUCUACCAAAGCCCAAGGUGGCUUUGGUUAAACUUCCAGUGAUGCAGCUCGCUCACUUGCCUGUGUAUGUGUCUGCAACAGACUCUGCCGUCAAACCCGCUGUAGUGGCUGUUGAUAAUCAAGGUUCAGUUGUAAGUACUGUUCAUUUAUUGCCUCAAUCCAUAGGAAUUCUGAUUCCAGCACUGGAGGCAGAAACACUUGUAUUUAAAGAUAGUAUGCCUGUUUCAAAAGUGACAAAUUCUGGUGAUCGUGAACCAGUAAGUACUGGUGUCCAGGUGGAGUUGGACAAGGUUACAUCGAACAGCACAGGGCAAGAGAUGGGGCGUGUUUCUCACAAGAACAAAAUCUCUUCCAUAAAUAUACAGACUGACUUGUCAUGUAUUUCACAGAACUUUGCACCGGCUGCAGCCUGGACUCCCAGUUCUUCUGUUUCCUCUUGCUCUCAGACAGAUCUGUCAUUCAGUUCACAGGUUUCAUUACCCAUCAGUGUUCAGACACAGACACUGCUGCCUGCAUCCAAACUGACCUCAUCCAUAGCUGCUCAGACUGAUGCUUUCAGUCAGGUUUGUUUUCCAACGUGUGGCAUUUCUAGAGAGACUCAAACGAGUAGGACACAGGACACGGUGCAAAUGGACCAGGCAGUAAUGUGCAGUGACAUCUUUGACAAUGUCCAUUCAUCUUACAAUGUUUCAACUCACAUUGAACUUCCAGAAAACAAUUUAAUGCCUGAAAAUAUAGAUCAAACCUUGCUGCAGAGGAGUAAUUGCAAGAGCCUGAACCAAGAUACAGUGAAGUCUGAAUCUCUUAUCACCUUCAAUACACAGACUAAUAUACUUCCACCUCAGAAUACGACGGAUAAUCAAACCCAGACAAUGGACCUACUAAGUGAUCUGGAAAACAUCUUUUCAGGAAGCAUGCCUGGCCAGACACUGGAUAAUCGUGGGCUUUUGUCUGAGACGAGUACUAAUGCUGACACGCAUCUGCCCUCUGGUCCAUCCCAGAGCACAGGAAUAGACUUCGACAUUGAGGAGUUCUUCUCGGCAUCCAAUAUCCAAACUCAGACUGAAGAAAGUGAGCUCGGUACCCUGAACUCUGAGCCAGUUUUGGAGUCACUGGACAUCGAAACUCAGACUGAUUUCUUGUUUUCAGAUAGUGCCACUCAAUCGUAUAGCUGCCGAGGAAAUUCCAACUUCUUAGGUUUGGAGAUGUUUGAUACACAGACACAGACAGACUUGAAUUUCUUUUUGGACACAAAUGCCCAUCUGCCUUUAGGAAGUAUUCUGAAGCAGUCUAGUUUCUCCAUGAGUACUGAUUCGUCUGAUACAGAAACCCAGACAGAAGUAUAUCCAGCUACUAAAAACAUACCUACCCAGAACAUGGAGAGCAAAGUCCAGCUCAGUAGUGCGGAAACACAGACUAUGGAUAGCUGCUUUGAGAACCUAGGGAGUUUGUUCCUCACCAGCAAUGAGACGCAGACAGCAAUGGAUGACUUCCUUCUGGCUGACUUAGCCUGGAAUACAAUGGAGUCCCAGUUCAGUUCGGUAGAAACACAGACCUGUGAAGAGCUGUGCUCCUUGUUUCAGAGCUCUGACAAGCCCAGCCAUUGAGUGCUCUGUAAUGUAACUGCUUCCUGUGGUGUGAAAUUAAUUUAUUGGGGUGGGGGAGAUGGCUUGACCAAGUUAGCCACUUCACAUUAUUGAAUGUAGUUAUCGUGGGCAGUUGGCCUGAGAGGCUUUUCAUGCUGAAGUUUGUCUCUGAUUUGAUUUUCAAGGCACUGUCCCUAUUCACUAUCUUCAACAUAACUAGCAAUGGAAUAUAAUAGAUGACUUGUGAUGAUGUAAACUGUGUAUUUCACAACAAAUGCUUUACAUGCAUGCUUCAAGUACUUGCAUGCAGAGCUAGAUUGACAGUACUUCUCUCUACAGAU